AUUCUGGCAGAACAUUUACUGCUGAUAUAGUUCACUACUAUCGCAGGGUCGUUAGAGGGUUUUAUUUACCCCAAAUCUAUUUUUCAAAUGGGCCCCGUCGCCUAGCGUUAACUCCCCUACUAGCCUCGCCGAUUGAGUUGGGUGCUAUUUAACAUCAACACGUCUCUUGGGUAACAAACAGGGUUUCUAUCUUACGCACUAUUCAACAAGAUCUGAAGAAUGGCAGCGAUCAACGCAGGCGGUUCUCUUGUUGCUACCAAUGACUACUACCGAAGGCGCAUCGGCUCCACCUCCAGCAGCAGCUCCUGUGGCAGUUCAGAGUACAGUGGGGAGGUCAUUCCACACCAUCCAGGUCUGCCCAAACAAGAUUCUGGACAUUGGUGGUCCAGCUUCUUCUUUGGGAAGCAGAACCAGCCAGGAAUGACCACUCUGACAGAGGAGGCCAAGCAGAAGGCGGCGGCCAUGACUGUGACCAACGGCCAGGUGACCUGCGUUGCCAGGGAGAUGGUGAUGAAGAGGCAGGUCAGCGGCGGCAGCAAAGCCGGGAGGUCCGAGCCGGGGAGUCCACCCUCCUCCUGAGAGAUGGGACAAACGCUAGGAGACGGGAGGCUGCGUCCCCAUUCCCUAAACGACUUGAUUCUGUUCCAUCCUCCACACUACAUAGAAUGUAUGCCUGUUACAUUGCUUCAUACUAGGUAGUAUGGAUAUUGGAACACACACCCUUUUUUUUUUUUGUCUUAGUAGGACAGGCUGACAAUGAUCCUUGUUUUUUUUUGUAUCCCUUUUUUUUAAAUCUAUGAACAAAAUAUAUAUAUUAAAAAAAACUUUUUUACAUUUGUACUUGUCUGUAACACCGUGGUGCCCUCGUAACUUUUGUUAACUUCUCCACUUUGUCACCCUGUGAUUGCAGAUGUCUAGUAAAAGUCGCCUCAGCCUAA